GGGAGGGCGCAUCCCCGCACGCCUCGCCCUCCGCCGUGUCCUCUCUUGCUCCGGAGGUGAGAACCAUCCAUCAACUCUCUGCGAAUGGCAGCACCGACCAGCGCGUUGAUCAUGCCAGCAAGGAUCAGAGGAUCAGAUCUUCCCCAAAGCCAGCGGCAGCGGGAGGUCUAACUUGUGCCAAGGCGUCGUUGGCUUCGCUUUGUUUCACUGAGCGAGUGGAGUGGGCCCCUGGCGCUCCCCUGCCCAGUUUGGAAUUCACCACCCUUCCUCCGGCUUCCUCCUCUGUCCUGCCAGUGUUCCCAGACUUUACUUUUACUCGGGAGAUUGAUGGAAUGAUGGUGCGGAAAAGGCAGAGAGAUCCUGCCGGGCUCAGCGGGGACUCCUUGGCAGGUAGCCGGAGUGGAAGUGGCGGCGGCGGCGGCGGCAGUGGGGUCCCAAGAGGCAUGCGUGUGCUCCCCCAGCGCGAUGGCUAGCGGCAGCUCUGGCAAGUCCACUAGCGAGUUGUCCACCCCCAGCUGCAGCAGCGGUGCGUUGCAGAGGAAGAAGCUCGUCUCCAUCUGCGACCACUGCAAGAUCAAGAUGCAACUGGUGGCAGAUUUGCUCCUGCUGUCCAGCGAGAGCCGGCCGGUCAACACGGAGAGCCUGUCUGUCUUCGGGGAGUCCUUCGAGAAGUGCAGGGACACCAUCAUUGCCCGGACCAAAGGCCUGUCCAUCUUGACCCAUGAUGUCCAAAGCCAGCUUAACAUGGGACGCUUUGCCGAGGUGGGGGACAUCCUGGUGGAGAUGGGGGACCUGGUGGUCUCCUUAACGGAAUGCUCUGCCCAUGCUGCUUAUCUGGCUGCAGUGGAGAUCCCAGGGGCUCAGCCAGCUUUGCCCGGCUUGGUGGAUCGCUACAAAGUGACCCGGUGCAAGCAGGAGGUGGAGCAUGGCUGUGGAGUCUUGAAAGCCACCCCGCUGGCUGAGAUGAGUCCUCAGCUCCUACUGGAGGUUUCCCAGAAUAUGUCCAAGAAUUUGAAAUUCCUGACAGAUGCGUGCGUCCUGGCCAGUGAGAAAUCCAAGGAUAAGUUUGCCAAGGAGCAGUUCAAGCUCAGUGUCAAGUGCAUGAGUACCAGCGCCUCGGCUCUCUUGGCCUGUGUCAAGGAAGUCAAGAGUUCACCCAGCGAGCUGACUCGCAACCGCUGUGUCUUGUUCAGUGGGCCCUUGGUGCAGUCUGUCUGUGCUCUGGUGGGCUUUGCCACUGAGCCUCAGUUUUUGGGCAGAGCAGCCGCCAUCAAUCCAGAGGGCAAAGCCGUGCAGACUGCCAUUUUGGGGGGCGCCAUGAGUGUUGUCUCAGCAUGCGUACUCCUCACCCAAUGCCUCAGGGAUAUAGCCCAACACUCCGAAAGUAGCUCCAAGAUGACUGAAUACAGGGAAAGAUUGAGGAACUCUGCUUGCGCUGUUUCGGAUGGCUGCAACCUGUUAUCUCAGGCACUAAGAGAAAGAGCCUCGCCCCGGACUUUACUGCCAGCGAACUCAAAUUCUGUGAAUUAAUCUUUGUUUCCCCCAGUUUAGAUAGCAUGGGCACUGCUAACAGAAACAUACUAGGUCCCCUCUCCUGCCCCAUGUUUUUGUAUACCAAAGAAUUUGUGUAGAUUGGCCCAAUCGUUUGAUUAUUUUAAAUUUAUUUGUGGGAUGUAUGGUAAAACAGCCACGCUAUGCCUUGUUACCUAUGUAGAAAAAAUCCACACGGAAUGGCUGGCAUGUUGGGAAGGGGCAGAGAUACUAUGGGAAGGAAAAGGAUAAAGGAGCCAUGCAGUUGUUAGCCUGGGCAUCUUGGGCAGCUGAGGAUUACAUGAAAGGAGCCCCUGGGGUUCUGUGCAGGCCGAGGGAGCAAGCAGGUGGACACGGGCUGACGGGCUUUUUUGCCGCUCUGUAUCCCCUAGAAACCAAGCAGCUUGAAUUGAACUUUCUGUCCCUCCCUGUCUAGCCCAUUUCAGGCUAGUAAAUUUUUUUCAGGUUAUAGUAACUUUUGGGGGGUUAUUUACAAGGCAGCAUCUAAGUUGAAGUGUGUUUUCACUUUAGAGACAAGACCUACAUUUAAGCAGAUGCUUUCAACAGCAGUUUAAAAAAGGAGAUUAUAGAAACAGACAACUUAGUUGCUGUUUUUUAAAGAGAGCCUUAAAUGUGCUGGGUGCAGUUUUAACAUGGGGAUUAUUUUGUCUUGUUUUGGUUUUGGGUCUUCCAGAAGCCCCUUUCUAAAUUUUACUGUUCAGUUGUGGAGGAAGAGGAAAAAAAACCCAGUUACCUCAGUUUUCACAUGGUCUGAAAGAAAACUUCAGUGAUGGAUGUAGCUAUUUUUCUGUUUGUUUCACAUGAUUACUUUUUGAAUCAGAUGUUAGGUUAGAAGUGCAUUUUGCUGUCUCGAGUGGGGGUUGGAUUAGAGUUCCAAACUGGGGGAAAAGCUACUGUGAGUGUGAUAAAACAGGGAGGAUGUGGUUGAAAUUACACUAUAACAAGAAAGUGAUUUGGGUUUUUUAAUUAUUUUUUCAGUGUCAGAUUUUUUUUAAUCUUGCAUGUACUGGAGUAUUUAUUUCAUCUAUUAAAAUGCUGUUUCUCAGA